CGCACAGCGUCGCCUCGGUACCGCUGCUGUGUCUCCGUCGGGGAGCAACAAAAACAUGUCCGAGUGCGGGAGGCUGAACCGUUACUAGCUACGGCCGCCUGCUGCCACCGCAACAAGUCGUCGUUUGGACGGGCUGCUGUAUGAUUCCCGUCGUGUCAACGGCCGACAACCCAGAAAGAUGCCACAGAAAGCACUGGGAUCCAUUGUUGGUCUUCUUUGCACCGGGACCUAUCUGGCGCAGGGAAAGGAGUUCUGUUUUGGGGUAAACAAUGAGCAGUACCGCUGUGAGAUGGGGUACUGCUGUGGUGAGACAGAGUGCUGCACUUACUACUAUGAACUCUGGUGGUUCUGGUUAGUAUGGACCUUGAUCAUCAUGCUCAGUUGCUGCUGUGCUUAUCGACACCGGAGGGUUAAAAUGCGUCUUCAGCAGGAGCAGCGCCAGCGUGAGAUCAGCCUCAUGGCCUACCAAGGAGCCUCCAGCUCUUUUAUUUCACCUCCACCUCUCAAUUUAAGGUUUUGGAAUGACUGCAAGCUUCCUGACUAUGAGGAGGUAGUAGGCCAUCCCCCGACACCUCCUCCACCUUACUCUGAAAACCCUCCUGAGUCGACUCCUGAGGUCGUUCCACAAGUGAACCAGCCAGACACUUCUUCUGUGCCACAACCGCUUGCUGAGGCUGAGCCGAGGGUGGACAGUCAGGCCUCCAGUUCAUCGGCAGACCAGGAGGCGGUGUCGCUCCCGAUCCAAGUACAGUGUCCGGCAGAGGAGAAUGUAGAGGCGGCAGAGGAGGACGAGGAGCUUGUGACUCGGCGCCGGCAUGUGACCGGCGACUCAGGGAUUGAGGUGUGCGUUUGCCAGCUGGAUGUGGAUGAAGGCUCAGGGCUCGAGGAGGAAAGCGAUGAGGAGCAGCGUAUGUGUAAGGUCGCCGGGAGGGACUGCUGCUCCGGCCCCCAGCAGCAAACCUUAAGACAGAAGGAGCACCCCUCGGAGCUGCCUAGCCAGAAUAGCACCAGCAAUGGAGACCACAUGGUGUGAUCCACAGCGUAAUUAACCAGCCAACCAGUGCAGCUUCAUCAUCACCACAGGGGACAGUCUGUGUUUUAAUUCUUUAAACUAACACUUAGACAAGACGUCAAGAUGAUGAUGAUGAUGAUAACUAAUCCUUAAUGGCUCCUGAUUAGGAAAGAUAAUUAUAAUGUGUGGACAAAUUUUUUUUUUCUUUACUUUUCUUGUUGUGGAGCCAGCAAGCAUGUUUUGUUGCUCCAUUUGGUUUUUAUUUAGUACUAACCAUGAGAAAGUAAUUGGGUAAUUAGAAGACAGCAUUUGAUUGUGAUUGAAGCCAGAAUUGACGUCGUUCUCUCCUCCAGCUCUGCUGUCAUAUUUCAGUCCUUGGUCAAAACAUUUCCAGCCAUCUUUCCCGUUUGACAUUUUACCUCCAGCGGGGCGGUCAUUCGGGAGCAUACCAACACGGUCAACAACAUUUCUCUCGUAGCUGCUGCUACAGCUAAGCAGAGGAAGGAAAAACAAACCCUUUGAAAUGGUUAAAUGAGACUGGAUGAAAUCGACAAGCGAUUAUUUUUAAUUUUCCCCAAAGCUGUGUGGGUGAAAGACUGCGAGCGCUGUGAAAUCUAGGGCACAGCUGCAUAGUGAUGUCACCUCUGAGGUCAUGAUAACCAGCAUCUGGUGUGAAGUCUUUGAGACUCGAGUAAGGAAGGCUGUACAUUCACUCAAGGGAGUGCAGAGAGUUUAGUUUAAUCUUAGGUGACUGAAUGGCAUAUGAGCCCCUUUUGGGAAACUUUCUUGUUACUGUUGGUGUGGCCUCCUCGGCUGUGUUACCAGCAGUCAGCAUGACAUAUGGGAUAUUCAGCAUUUCAGUGGUAUAUGGAUUGUGUGCAUGUAACCUCCUCACUCUGGUUUCAGACUGCAUUAAAUCCAUAGUAAUGAUGCCACCAAACGUAUUAAUUAAUAAAAAGCCUUGCGGUGGCUCUAUAUUACCAUGUUGUUAUGUCCGAAUGAAUUUGUUGCCCAGUAUAUAGUCUGGAUGUUCCUAUUAAUGAAUGCGGAUUUCAUUUCGUAACCAGCUGUGCUUCAGUAAAAUGCCACAGGUGUCACUUUUAAUUGCAACAAAGCCCCAAACAGGGGCCGCUUGAGUGCAUAGUAGUAGUAGUAGUAGUAGUAGUAGUAGUGCUUGGGUGUUUCAGUGCAGUAGGGAAACGUUGAGAUGUGUGCGUGUUUCUUUCAAAGUGCUGUAUUGCUUGGUUGAAAAGACUGCAGUGAGGUUACUAUUAAAAGCACUGGUGUUUUGCAUGAGGCAUGGUUUAUAUGUGUUUAAAUUUGAGCUAAUUUGUAUCCCGGGAGGAGACACAGAUCCCUUUAGGGUUUGUGUCAGGAAGGGGGCCUGGCAUUAAAAAAAAAAUCUGCCAAAUCAAACUUGUGGAGCUACCCGCUGACCCCUUGUGAAUAAGGGAGCGGC